AAAAGAAAAAUAAUUAAAUAAUAAUAAUCCACAACCAAACACCAGGACACGGACAUAAAAAGCGAAGGUACCCUCCACAUCGCCCACCCGCCGAAUUCGACUUUGAAAUGUACGAACCCUUGAACGUCAAAGCCACGCCAGAAUCCGCACUGAUCAGGGCGAAUCGGAGGUCUGGCCACAGCAGUCCAUUGGGCCAUGGAACCGUGGGUACCGCGCACAAUCCGUUCAUACCGUCUAGACGUUCCUCUUAUCAACGGAACGGAAUGGAGCAACUGGACCAGCUCAUAGCGAAGCUCACGCAGAUGGCGGAUAGUGCGGGCGGUGUCCAGCUGUCGGCCAUGGACCUCGAGGCCCUGUGUCUGAGAGCCCGCGGAGUGCUGCUCCAGGAGCCGGCGCUGCUGGAGAUCCAAGCACCCGUGAACGUCCUGGGUGACAUUCACGGACAGUAUGGUAACCUGCUGAAGUACUUGGCGGCUGGUGGAUAUCCGCCAGAGGGACGAUACCUGUUGCUGGGCGACUACGUGGACCGCGGCAGGAACUCGAUCGAGACGCUCACACUGUUGCUGGCCCUGAAGGUGCGCUACCCGAGUCACUUCUUCCUCCUCCGAGGCAACCACGAGUCCGCCAGCAUAAACCGCGUAUACGGCUUCUUCGAUGAGUGCAAGCGACGCUUCACGGUCAAGAUGUGGCGCACCUUCGUCGACUGCUACAACUGUCUGCCCAUCGCGGCGGUGAUCGAGAAAAGCAUAUUCUGCUGCCAUGGCGGCCUCAGUCCCGACCUCUUCAGCCUCGACCAGAUCCGCACCAUAGUGCGCCCCUGCGAAAUCCCCGAGUCGGGUAUGCUGUGCGACCUGCUCUGGUCCGAUCCGGACUUUGCCAACUACGGUUGGCAUCCGAACGAGCGCGGUGUGAGCCACACCUUCGGCGCAGAUGUGGUGACCGCCUUUAUGCUGCGCUUCCACUUGACCCUCAUUUGUCGCGGCCAUCAGGUCGUCGAGGAUGGCUACGAGUUCUUUGCCAAGCGGCAGCUGAUAACCAUCUUCUCGGCCCCAAACUACUGCGGGGAGUUUGACAAUGCGGGGGCCAUGAUGUCAAUCGAUAAGGAUCUGCUAUGCACAUUUCGCAUCCAAAAGCCGAUACCCAUCCGACGAAUGAUUUUUCCCGUGGAUAAAUAAUUCUCCUUAACACAUUUCGAAGAAUUUGUUAUUCGAAGGGAGUUACGUUACGGUUGAAAUUGGGCAAAUAGACCACAUGAUGAAUCAGUGAAUGUAAAAAGAGAUGUCUUAUAUAAAUAAAACUCUUUAAUUUGACCACAAUCACAA